ACCUUCAGUUUGCGGAACCUUUGCUCCAUCUGACAAUACCGCACCUCUGAAGAUAUAGGAGCCUGAACCUCAUUUAAAUGGCUGCCGACAAACUCACCAAGAAACAAAAGAAGGCCCUUGCCUUCAGGGAACGGAAGGGCAAAGGAAAAGCGAAAGAGGACGCUCAGCAUGACGUUCCUAUCGCUGAAGACCAGGAUCUUGCUGAGAUUCACGACGUGGAAACUCAAGAGGCAGCUCAGGAGACAGUGGUUGUUCGUCAAGACGCGGUUUCAGGGAAGAAGCGGAAGAGGGAGGUUCAGGAGGACCAACCCACGUCAGAAAAGGGGAAGGAGAAGCAGAGCGAGAAGAAGACAACCAAGAAACGGAAGGGCGAUGGUGCUGAAGCAGUUCCUACAGGGACUGACAACGAAACAGAACCCUCGUCAACGGGGAAAGCAAAGAAGAAGGGAAGGGCGGACGCGAAACAACGGUUCAUUCUUUUCGUCGGUAACCUGAAAUACAGCACCGCUCGCGAAGCGGUCCAAAAACAUUUCGCUGCAUGCGAACCUCCACCUGAUGUACGGCUCAUGACACCCAAGCCAUCAGUCACGUCAAGACCGACAGCCAAGUCAAAAGGUUUCGCAUUCUUAGAGUUCAUUAACAAGCAGGCGUUACAGCAGGCCCUGAAGCUGCACGGUUCCGAUCUGGAAGGCAGGAAGAUUAAUGUUGAGCUUACUGCAGGUGGCGGUGGGAAGAGCGAGACUCGUAUAACAAAGGUGAAAGAGCGGAAUAAGGAGCUGCAUGAACAGAGGAAAAAGCGACUAGCGAAACAGAAAACAUCCAAGGACGGCGAAGCACCCGAACAGAUGGAGCGUCCACAACGUUAUUCCGCAACUUCAGGUGUCGAUCAAAUACCUUUGAUAAAGCGGACAUGGUCGGUUCCGGAUGGAUCAGAAGAAGCUCCCAAGAAGAAACGAGGUUCCAAGAACAAGCGACCUCCAAAGCCUUUUGGCACGGGUGUCAAUGCCAUACCUGUGGGUUGAGAGUGGUAUGUAGGCUAGGUAUGAUCCGAGGGUGUGGGAUGUGGGUAUUAUGGUACUACGACCUACGUGGCAUAUCCAUACAAUACGUGGUCCAUAAACAUAUACGUCUAUACGGGUCCUGCUUCCGUUACGAGACGAGAAUGAAAAUCAGGAACUGGGGAAUGACCUUGAGCAUUAGCCACCGAUUACUUGAAAUGCUUGCAUAGUACUUCAGAAGUUCUCGUUGGGC